UCCCGCCUUGCGCAUACUCCCACAGUUAAAUUCCAAGUUGUUGUUUUUAGACCGUUUCCAGGCGUUCCAGUUUGUCCGGGUGAACAUGAGCGACACGGGCCCAACUUAUGUGGGCCUGGACCUCAGCACACAGCAGCUCAAAGCUGUUGUUGUAGAUGAACGAUUGAACGUCCUGGACGAGGCGUAUGUCCAGUUCGACAAUGAUCUUCCAGAAUUUCGCACAUACGGAGGAGUAAUUCAUAGAAAGCAGACCCCAAGUGUCGUUCAGGCCCCAUGUCUGAUGUGGGUCAAGGCCCUGGAUAUGCUCCUGGACAAGCUGAGGGUAUGCGGAGUGGAUUUCGCCCGAGUCCGAGGUAUUUCCGGUGGCGGCCAGCAACAUGGGACUGUCUAUUGGAGCAGGGGGAGUCGGGAGAUCCUCCGGAAUCUCAGACCUGAAAAAUUUCUUCAUGAACAAUUGGCGAAUGCCUUUGCUACGUCCAUGGCACCCGUGUGGAUGGACUCCAGCACGCGAAAGGAGUGCGAUAUUAUUGAGGAGGGAAUUGGUGGAGCUCUAAAAUUAGCUGAAAUAACGGGUUCACGUGCUUACGAGAGAUUUUCCGCUGCUCAAAUAACGAAAAUUCAUCGGACUAGACCGGAUGUUUAUAACGCGACAGAGAGGAUUUCGCUCAUAAGUAGUUUCGUCGCCAGUCUUCUCGUCGGAAAUUACGCACCAAUCGAUCAUGCAGAUGGAUCCGGCAUGAAUCUCCUGGACAUUCGAACCAAAGACUGGAACGAUGAUCUACUCCAAAUCUGUGCACCAGAUUUACGAGAAAAACUAGGGGACACAGUACCUUCUUACGCAGACCUCGGUCCCAUUUCCAAUUAUUUCGUGGAGAGGUUUGGGUUCAACGACAAGUGCAGAGUCUUAGCCUUCACUGGGGAUAAUCCAGCCUCUUUAAUGGGAAUGAGAUUACAAAAGGGGGACCUUGCGUGCAGUCUAGGAACGAGUGACACUCUCUUCCUGUGGCUAGAUUCACCGAAAACAGUCACCGAGGGUCACAUAUUCUGCAAUCCGAUUGACAGCGAUGCCUACAUGGCGUUGCUCUGUUUUAAAAAUGGUUCUCUGACUCGGGAAAGAAUUCGCGACAGCGCGGCGGGUGGUUCAUGGCAACUGUUCAAUGAAUUAUUGGACAGUACACCGAGGGGUAACUUUGGUAACAUGGCUAUCUACUUGGACGCCAGAGAAAUUUUUCCACCAUUAAUCGGCGACUACAGGUUCAAUAAAGCUGAUGAAAAAAUAUCGAGAUACAGUUCUAAAGAAGUUGAGGUCAGGGCACUUAUUGAAGGACAAUUUAUCGCUAGGAGGGCGUCGGCCGAGGAUUUUGGAUUUUCUAUAGGACCCAAUAGUCGAAUCAUAGCAACAGGAGGGGCUUCAGCGAACAAAGCUGUUCUCCAAGUGCUCUCCGACGUCUUCAAUUCCCCAGUUUACGCGUCAGAAAUGAAAAAUUCAGCUGUCCUGGGAGGUGCAUACCAAGCGAAGUACGCCCUCCAGCGUCAUGAAUCAUCCUUCCAACAAAUAACAAGUAGCAUUCCAGAGCCAACAUUGUUGUGUCGGCCCUACAGCGACGCUGAAUCGAUAUACAAACCAAUGCUCGAACGCUAUCGGAAAAUCGUAGCCCAACUGUUAAAUGUGAAUAAACUUAGCUGAGAUAUAACUCCGUCCGUUAAUCAAUCAGACAAUCAAUUAAUAAACUAAUAGGUUAAUUAAUUUUAAUGCUAAUCGAGAACCACCCGGGGAAUUUGCAGAAUUUUCUCACGUCCGUUAAAAAAUCAACGAAUCUUUCAAUAUUUUUACAAUGAGAAGUUAAUUAAAAAUGUCAUUAAUUGUAUAAUAAAUGGUGUGGCAAAGGA